GAAGUGGAGCCCCGGCUGUGUGACGGGACUUGACUCCGGUCUACAAGCCGGGCUCCUCUCACUCUCCGCGGAUACAAUGUGCGGAUCAGGUCGCUGGAAGCAGAGAAGCGCAGCGCGGACAUUAACCUGAGAACCGGCUCCGGGAGAGGACCGAGAGCGACGUCCACCGCCCGCAGACAGGGGACUAAACCCGGGGGAGAGGACUCUGGAGGACCGCGGGCCUUUCACCUGUAUGGACCCGAACCCGUUGAGCAUGAAGGCACACACAUCAUAGGAGUCUGGUUCUGACAGUGUGGAAGGAGAGAACAGAAGUGAAGAGGAAGAGAAGAACGGUUGUCAGAGGAGAUUGGACCCUGGUCCCUGUCGGAGCAGAUGGGUGAGACGGAGGAUGAGCGGACAGCUCAGGCCAGCCAGCUCUUUGAGAACUUUGUGCAGACGUCCACCUGCAAAGGGACGCUGCAGGCGUUCAGCAUCCUCUGCAGGCAGCUGGAUCUGGAUCCUCUGGACUACAGCAGCUUCUACAGCUCGCUGAAGGCGGCCGUCAGCACAUGGAAGGUCAAGGCUCUGUGGACCAAGCUGGACAAGAGGGCGCAGCACAAGGUCUACAACCACAACAAGGCCUGUCAGGGCACCAGGUGUCUGGUCAUCGGCGGCGGCCCUUGUGGUCUGAGAGCAGCCAUCGAGCUGGCGCUGCUGGGCUGUAAGGUGGUGGUGAUUGAGAAGAGAGACACCUUCUCCCGGAACAACGUGCUCCACCUGUGGCCCUACACCAUUCACGACCUCAGGGGCCUCGGAGCCAAGAAGUUCUACGGCAAGUUCUGCGCCGGCGCCAUCGACCACAUCAGUAUCCGUCAGCUCCAGCUGAUGCUGCUGAAAGUGAGUCUGAUCCUGGGAGUGGAGAUUCAUGUCAACGUGGAGUUUGUGAAACUUGUGGAGCCUCCAGCGGAGCAGACUGAUGACAGCCCCGGGUGGCGAGCAGAGGUUCUGCCGUCCAGUCAUCCCGUCUCGGACUUUGUCAUCGACGUCGUGAUCGGAGCCGACGGACGCAAAUACACUUUAGACGGUUUCAGACGCAAAGAGUUCCGAGGGAAGUUGGCCAUCGCCAUCACAGCGAACUUCGUCAACAGGAACACCACGGCAGAGGCCAAAGUGGAGGAAAUCAGCGGCGUGGCCUUCAUCUUCAACCAGAAGUUCUUUCUGGAGCUCAGGGAGGAAACGGGAAUCGACUUGGAAAACAUUGUUUACUACAGAGACAACACCCACUACUUUGUCAUGACGGCGAAGAAGCAAAGUCUGCUGGACAAACGGGUCAUCUUAAAUGACUACAUAGAGACCGAGCGACUGCUGAGCCCCGACAACGUCAACCAGGAGGCGCUGCACUCGUACGCCCGCGAGGCCGCUGACUUCGGCACAAACUACCAGCUGCCGUCCCUCGACUUCGCCAUCAACCACUACGGGCAGCCGGAUGUGGCCAUGUUUGACUUCACCAGCAUGUACGCGUCGGAGAACGCCGCUUUGAUCAGGGAGAAACACGGACACCAGCUCCUCGUCUCGCUGGUGGGAGACAGUCUGCUCGAGCCCUUCUGGCCGAUGGGCACAGGCUGUGCUCGGGGUUUCCUGGCAGCCUUCGACACGGCGUGGAUGGUGAAGGGCUGGGCACAAGGGAGGAGUCCUCUGGAGGUACUGGCUGAGAGGGAGAGUAUUUACCGCCUGCUGCCUCAGACCACCACAGAGAACAUCAGCAAAAACUUUGAACAGUACGCCAUUGACCCGGCGACACGCUACCCCAACCUCAACUCCAGCUGCGUGCGCCCGCACCAGGUUCGUCACUUGUACAUCGAUGGACAAAUGGACACGUGCAAGCCGGAAAGAGGAGGCCCCACUCGCCGAUCUGUCAACCUGUCCAGAAGAGAGUCUGAAGUGCGUCCCGGCCGCCUGCUGACCUGGUGUCAGAAGCAGACUCAAGGCUACAGAGGCGUCGACGUCACCAACCUCACUUCCUCCUGGAGGAACGGCCUGGCCCUCUGUGCCCUGAUACACCACCAGAGACCUGAGCUCAUAGACUAUGAGUCUCUAAACGACGAGGACGUCGCUGGGAACAACCAGUUGGCGUUUGACGUGGCUGAGCGAGAGUUCGGCGUCCAGCCGGUUACCACGGGGAAGGAGAUGGCUGCGGAGGCGGAACCAGACAAGCUGCUAAUGGUCCUCUACCUCUCCAAGUUCUACGAGGCCUUCAGGAAUUCACCGGUGAACGGCACAAGAGAAGCCGAUGAAAACAGUGAAGGUUAUUCAUCUAAAACCAACCACAAGCUGCUGAGCCUGCCUGUGCAGAGGAAGAGGAUACCCAGGGAUGAGAAGACAGCGGAAGAUGAUUCUAUUAACAAGAGACGACGAAAGGGAAACAACUACCUCACGGAGUUGUCCUGUCACAGUGCGCUACCUACUGGCGAGGACGGGGAGCUGCGGGAGAACAAGGUGCGCUCCAUGGCCACUCAGCUGCUCGCCAAGUUUGAGGAGAACUCCUCCACAGCAAAGACGCACAGCAAGUCUGAUGAAGACCCUUCUGAUCCAUCCUCUCCUCCUCCUCUGUCUCCUUCCACCACUCCGCCUCCUCUCUCAGAAGAGGAGGAUGAUGAGGGAGAAGAGGAGGAGGAGGAGGAGAACCCCCGGUUUGCAAAGCCCAAAUACGCCCCUCCUCCUCCUCCUUUGACCCCCACCCGCCCCAAGUGGCAGCCGUCCAUCUACCUUCGCCUGCUGGAGAACUCCCCCAAACCCUCUCCCCCUGUGAGCAGCUACAGUCGCUCUCCCUCCCCCUCGUCCUCUAAGAGCCCUCCCCGCUCACCCAGCCCUAAUGUCACCGAGCGUUACUACCCAGAAUGCACCUCUCCUGACCUCGCACCCUGGCGUUUGUCUGCCUCCUCUCUGUCGAGCGCUGAUCCUGCAGCUGAGUGGUCAGACGAGUCAGUGCAGCAGAGCAAAGCCCACCAACGGUCCUUUUCUAGGAGGAGCAUAAAGGAGCGAGCCGGCCUCCUCUCCUCCAUGUUUCCCGCGUCCCAAAAACCUUCUCCUGCUCCUCUUUCUCCUCCUUCUGGGUCCCAGGUGGAAGUCUCUACCUCCUCCCCUCUUUGUUCUUCACCUCCUCCUCCUCCUCUUCCUCCUUCCUCUGUAUCUACGAGCUCCACCGUCUACCCUGUGGUCCACCCUGUCCCUGAGCCCACCGCCCAGGCUGGUUUCUCCUCUGUCUCCCUUCGCUCUUACUCUUCUGGACACAAAGACAAGACUCGUACAGCCUCCUCCAGUCACUCGUCUUACUCUGACUCUGACACAAAGCUAAUAUCCUCCCCUAACGCUGACGCCUCCCAUUGCAACCACCGAACAUCUCCUCGCCUCUCCGUGCCUCGCUGUGACGAGAGCCAGGAGAUCUCCCCCCCGCUCUCUGACACCACGUGUGAGAAUGGACGUAGCGCCUCGUCUUCACUCCCGGUGUCUUUACCGCAGAGGAAACUCGAGAACUCUCCGGCUGAUCGGAAAACUGAGCUGGAAAAACUCCACAAAACGUCUCUGGAGACAUUUGAUGUUGAGAAAUUAGCUGAACAUGAUCACAUGAAGUCCAACGGGAUCUGUGCUCUGGAGAACGCCAGAGACUUCAGUCCAAAGUCCAUCGUUCGCUCUGAGAGUUGUCCGACCGGAGCUGCUAGUUACAGUAAAGAGCGAACAGUGGGAAAGGUUUCAUCAGCCAUAGAUGCUAAAGCUCAGUUACUGGCCAUCCUCUAUGAGACAGACCACAGGCCCAGUAACACGCCGUGCGUGGCACGUAAGGACUUCUCUGCCGGGCUCGGCGGCAGCGACGUCUGCCACUUCUGCACCAAGCGCGUGUACGUGAUGGAGCGACUGAGCGCUGAGGGCUACUUCUUCCACCGCGAGUGCUUCCGCUGCGACGUCUGUAACUGCACCCUGCGACUGGGGGGACACACCUUCGACUCUCAGGAGGCAAAGUUCUACUGUAAGAUGCAUUUCGCCCAGCGUCAGUCCAGCUCUCACUCGGGCAGGUUCAAGAGGAGAAUGGACGACCAAAACCGUGCCACACCCGUGUCGCUGGACGGUGGAAUCUACUCGGCGACGGGCAGCGGCCAGAUCCAGCCCCCAGGUGCAGCUGCCAGUUUUCACUCGGAGCAGUUUGAUAAAUGUCAGAAACGAGUUCCUGACGACACGGAGAUGGCCGUCGAGGCUCUGGAGGCCGACGCCGCGGCGUCUCAGGGCCAAAGCCACGACGCAGCCAAAGAUCCUUCAAACACCAAACAGAACCACCGAUGGAGGAAGAAGAUCAGAGCGACUUUCCCUCUGCUCUUCAUCAAACACUUCCACAGAAGUUUACCUCCGGACAGAGACGCACCGGAGACUGUACCUGAAGACUUUGAGGAGAUCACAGCAGCAGAAAUACAAACUAACUGUGGUGGAAGUUUGACGACGUCGGAGCCACCGACUCGUCCGGACAGAAGCGAGAAGAGUGAAGAAGCAGCGACAACAACAGUUUCACCGCCAAAGACUCGAUUGAAGAUUUCUCUGGCUGCCAAAGAGAAGCUGUUGAACUGGGACGUCGGGAUCGCGCCUGAAGAAACAGACACAACUCUACAGCAGCAGAAAGUCCAGGUGACGGCAGAGACGGAAGCAGAUCAGCCUGACACAGACUCGGGCCUGGGCCAGGACGGAGAAUCGUCCCAGAGCCAGACCUCCUCCCACUCAGCCUUCCAGCUCAUAGCCAGUGCCUUUAAGAGGAGGUUUAGUGGGACCAAUCCCUCCAGCAGCGCUAACACCGCAGUCGCAAUGAGACCCAAACGAAAUGGGCCCCACAAGCAGAGGCCCAUGUCGGAUGGGGCGUUCAGCUUUGGCUCCCUCUUCAGCUCCAUGAGUCAGGAGGCGUCCAGAGAGAAGGAGGAGGAGGAGGAGGAGAAGCCUGAAGCGCUGUUGGGGUCUGUAGGGGCCGAUCCGUGGGGGGCCGGGCAGGAUCUGCCCUCGCUGCUGCAGCAGGUGUCCCUGAAGGGCCGCAGCGACUCGGGAGGCGCGUUUGCUGACGACAUGGGCUCGCUGCCCCGCAGGAGGCUCGACCUGUUCUCGUCCCUGCGGCUGAGGAAGAGGGAGGUGUCGGAGAGCGAUGGGAAGGAGCAGGAGGUGCAGAAGGAGAUCAGGACCAUUCUCACCAACCUCAGAAACAAAGCCUCCAGUCGACAGAAUCUGGACGCUCCUUCCUCCAGUGACGAUGAAAAUGAAAACCUGCCGCUCCGUCAGAAGUUGCCGCUGUGUCCAGAGAGAAAGAGGAGGAAGCAGGAGAAGAUCGUGGCUCAGCAGACGAAAAGGGAACAACUGAAGAGACUUCACAGAGCUCAGGUGAUUCAAAGACAACUGGAGGAAGUGGGAGAGAAGCAGAAAGACGUGGAGGAGAGAGGAGUGACGAUAGAGAAGAUCAUCAGAGGAGAAACUGAAUCCUCUCAGUCGGACGACGGGGACGAGGCCCGGCUCUAUCAGUCCUGGUUCAAACUGGUUCUGGAGAAGAACCGGUUGGCUCGCUACGAGUCUGAACUCAUGAUCUUUGCCCAGGAGCUUGAGCUGGAGGACACACAGAGCCGCCUGCAACAAGACCUGCGAUGCAGAAUGUCCGUCGAGGAUACGAAGAAGAGCGCCUCCCAGCUCCAGGAGGAGCAGAAGAUGCUGUCGGAGAUCAUGAGGACGGUGGAGAAGCGGGACAUGUUGGUGUCUGUGCUGGAGGAGCAGAGGCUGAAGGAGAAGGCCGAGGACAGAGACCUGGAGAGUCUGGUGCUGUCCAAGGGCUACGAGCUCCACUGGGCCCCGGCGGACGACAGCUGGGGGCAGGAGCGGCAGGAGUGUGAGGGUUGAGCGUUGAGCAGGACGGACGGUACCAGCCAUUUUUAAAGAAACAGAAUUUUACCAUAAUUAAUGUUGUGAGGAUGGAAAAACAGCAACAGGAACAUGUGGGGACCAUUCAGGCGAGGGGCGGAGCCUGUAGAGCAGCAGGAGGCGGGACGUGACGUAUGUGUGGAGAUAUGAGGCGUCGGCGCUUUUCAACAAAAGCUCCUCGUCUUUUUCGUCUGAUUUGCCGUCCGAGCGAAAACUGCUGCGAACGUGUCAGGUCUCCUCGCUCGUCCUGAAGCUCUGAGUGUUUGUCACUGUGCGAAAUUGUUUUAAGUUUGUGUCAUAAAAACAGAGAUGUGCGUUAUUUUAGUCACUGUUGGGCACUUUGUGUGAGUGCAAGACUUCUUGUGCGUGUUUUAAUAUUUGUUUCACUUUGUGCUUGAACACUGUCAAAUAAUAUUUAAUGGUAUUUACACUCGGACACUAAUGAACACAGGGGAAACGUUAUCCUGUCUGCAGGUGUGAGUGUGUGAGUCUGUGAGUGUGUGAGUGAUGUAGCUUCUCACUGGACAGAAAUAUGCUGCUGCUCGUCACAGCUCAAACUGUGACGUCACAGCUCAGACUGUGAUGUCACAGCUCAGACUGUGAUGUCACAGCCCCGGAGCUGCUGGUCAGAGAUGUGACGUGAACAUUCCUCUCAUUCAGAGGAGAUUUCGCUCCGAGCUCCUGAACCUGCUGUCGGUCAAACUGCGAUCGUCCUGCUGCUGCGUGAGACGCGAGCCGAAGACGAGGCUCGUCUUCCUCCCGAAGAGACGGAUAACGUGUUUACAUGAAUCUUAAUGUUUGGAUAAGGAGCAAACACUUUCUCCUUCGGCUUUAAAUGUUUGAUCAUGAUGUGAAUUAACACUAAAUUAAUUAAGUUAUGUUUUCAUGUGAUGUUUCUGUGCAUUUCAGUUUUAUGCUGCUUCAAAUCUUUUAAAAAGGAAUCUUUAAUAAAAAUGAAUUUAAAAUUU